UAAUUUGGUUUUGGACUUUGCAGACCUUCCCCUCAGACCUCCAUGAGCCGUUAUGGGCGACACCACCAUUGAACGUACGGCGAGAAAGUCAAGGGAAGGGGGGAAACUUGACGUUGAAGAUGAAGAACAGAGGCAAGCGCGGAUGCACAAUGUGCUUACGCAACUGGAUAGCAAAGCUUCCCGCCAAGCACAGGCCCCUCCCAGGCCUUUUGAGUUUGGCGAUAGGAAAACAUUCGCUGUAGAGCCUCCGAGUGAACUAUUAUGCCGUCUGCAGUCCUUUCUACCAGAGUUGGCAGCCUCAAAUGCUGAGCUUGUCCAUCGAGCGAGGGAGGAUCCUCGUAGCGUCGAUAUUGAAAACGUAGAAGAUGAGAGCCGAUAUAUAGAAAUGAACCUCGGUCUUGGGGUAUUUGAGGAUCACAGCAAGACCCAUCCACAAACUACAGGUAACUCUACCGGCACACACCCUGGUCUCGAUGUAGACAUGAGCGAUGAUGCCCGUACCUCAUCACGAUCAUAUGGCUCCACUGACUCAACGUCCGACUCAGACUCUGAGAUGUCGGAAGACGACAGUUCGGAUUCAGACACAUCUUCUGUGGACAUUAUCUCCGAUUUUGCGAGUACUAUAUCCAGGCCCAUCAGACCCCUUCCUAGGAGGACGACUACCCGACCGGCGAUUAUCGUGCUUGACGAUGGAAACUCUAAGGAUGAACGCUCGUCUCAUACCUCUGAAGAAAGCCAGUGACGAUUACUCUAUCUCUUGUUACUACUUUUCUUGAAACCACUCAAUACAUUUCUUGCUAGUCUUCGACUCGGCAUUCCAGCCCUGUGGCGCAACUCGUUUCCUGAGAUGUGUUGUACGAUCAUCGAGAAUUGUUGUCCGGAUGACAAUGCCCAGAUGAUACCUUUAUCACGCUUAGUCGGGGGGAAAGCGCGUCGGGUCUGGGUCCACACCCAGCAUCUCGUAGUCCUUUAUUCCCUUUAAACAAGCACAAUAAUACGUGCAUCUGCAUCUCUCGUCGAAGCUUGUACAAUAUAAGACGAACAUCUCAGGUACAAAGAACCAAUUCAGAGAAUUAAGAUAUUGAAUCUCGCGUGAUCAGAGGCCCAAGGAACGCCGCGACUCUCUGUAGACGUGUUCAAUAUAUGAUCGACACCCAU